AUGGCAUCAAUAUCAUGGGUGUUGAGACUAUCGUUUGUAAUUAUCCUGACACUUUUGUUUGCAUCUCCAACCCGAGGCCAUAGUGGAUCCCAGGGUUAUUUACGACGGGCUUUAGAGAGCCUACAAAAGCCAGCCUCACCAGCGACGUUUUCAUCUACAACGGACUGCCAAAAAUGGCUACGACAAAACCCUGCAAGUAUUGUUUAUAACUAUGGUGUGAAUGACACCUUAUCUGGCGCCGUCUCUCUCAGGGACUGCCUCAUACGAGAUGAAGCAGCACAAGCGAGACAGAAUAUCCAAGAGAUUCAGAUAUCUUUCCCACUGUUUAGCCAGUCAGGCGGGGAGCAACAGCCCUUACAGGAUAUUAUUCAGAUGCUGCCAAAUUUGGAGUCCAUAAGGUCGCUUAAUCUUCAGAUGUCCCAAAAAAAUAACAGCCGGUCUAUAGAUUUUGUGAACGACAGUGGAAACCCAGUAGUUCCUUUUAUCGAAUGCAGCUCUGACUCCCUCGUGUAUGAUGGUGGAGAGAGUGACGAGAGACUCGAUCGGCUCUACGACGCUCUCGUCACGUGCCCGAAUAUACGAUCACUGAGCCUUUCUCUCAGUCAAGGUGGCUGCUCAAUUGGGGACACACGGCGGUCGUUCAACUGGAAAAAGGGUGACCAUUUCCCCCGCCUGGAGAAUUUGACUUUGUCUGGCUAUGACUGGGAUUCCAGGGUCAACAGACGAAAACCGUCAAACGCUGAGCAUUGGAGAGCAUCCAUGGACUGGAGUAAGCUGAAACGAUUGGAUUUCAGUCUCCCACAAAAUUCAUUUCUUGAUACCUUCCGCGGUGAACUGGGCGGUCUUGAGUCGCUUAUCCUACGUCAUAAAUUGGGAUUUUGGGGUGAUGAAGAGACGUUGUGUGGCUUUGAUGCAACUGCAGAAGCAUUGCGACAAAACUAUACCUCCUUUAUUGCUGCACUCCCACCGUUGCGCGAACUGAGCAUCAGUGGCGUGGGUCAACUGCUUAACAUGACACCCAUCUUGAAGACCCACGGCUCCAGUCUGGAAAAACUAAAUAUCCACGAGUUUGAACAUGACUGCAGAUAUGAAACUGGAAACGCUACCUGGGUUCGACCAGUUCUAAGUGUAUCAGAGGUAGAGAAAAUUAUUCUCUCAGCUCCAAAUCUCAAAGACUUGACACUGGAUGUAUACCGAAGCUCCAAUAAAUGGCCCAUUCCUAUGCUCAAGACACUUUCCAAGUUUCCCCAUCUUGCCCGACUCACUAUAAACUUUGACCUAGAGGACCCUAGAAGGUCUAGAUAUGCAAAGCGGUGCUAUGUGAGCGAUUGGGUUAGAGACGAAUACUGUACCAUUCACGAGCUUAUGGAACCACAGCUGAAUCAAACAACAGCAAGCGAGAUAUUCCACACCAUACAGCAAUAUCAAGCUGGUACCAAACUCCAAAACAUUACAUUUUUUGCUGGUGACUUUGGAAGGCGGGACGGAGGCGGUUUGAGACUUAUCCCUCACUAUGAGUGGAAUCGGCCAGUGAGAUAUGACUGUUGGAUGGAAGAGAAUACCAUCAAAUGUGCAGGCCAACGCGAUAUUGAUUUCGAUGACGAGGACUUUCUUUAA